UUUUUUUUUUCCCCCUCCUUCCCCUGCUUUUUCUUCAUUUCCUUUUCUGUUGUUCCCUGUUCGCGCGGUCCUCCUCCGGCGCCUUGGUUCCGAUCGGCUGCGCGGGUGGGGAGGAGAAACGACGCGGGGGCCGGGCGCAGGUGGAUCCGCCUGGAGUGGCGUUAGCGGCUGUUGCUUCUUGAGUGAUGGAGCUGGCAGGGAUUGCCGAGCCUCGCCGCUGAUCUCUAUAGCGCCCGCGAGGAGGAUUGCCCCCCCCCCCAAAAAAAAAUCAUGGCUCGCUGCCCUUCUUGACCCGUGGCGUGUGAACCCAGCAAAGAAGCUUAACGGAUCUCUCCUGCGCGCUCCCCACCCGAGGGGAGGCAGCAGCUGGGAGGAGGGUCCACCCAUGCCAGGACUGCACCCAGCGUUGGGCACCGCCGCUAAAACGAGCAACAGCGGUAGCAGCUCCUCCGGCGCUCACGACUCCGAUUCUCUUUUCUCCUCCCCAGAUGGAAUUAAAGGGCGAACGGCAGAGGAGAAGGGCGUGAGCCUGGCCGAGAAGAGCGGCGCCUCUAGCCAAGGAGGUGCUGUGAAGCUCUGCGUCUCCCUGCAGGUUCCCCAGACCAUCCCCAUGGACCUGCGGAUUGGACAGCGUCUUGCCAAACCCAGCCCAGAUACUGCCUUACUGGCCCUGAAGCAGACACAGCAGCUCCAGCACCAGUUCUUCCUAGCAAGCUUACAUCAACAGCAAGUGGAACAGCUUACUCGCCCGCACUUGCGGGUGCCCAUGGAUCCCCCACCCCAAGACACCGUCCCUGGAAAACAGGAACAGGAGCUGCGGCUGCUCUUGAAUAAAGACAAAAGCAAACGCAGUGCUGUAGCAAGUAUGGUGGUGAAGCAGAAACUGGCAGAAGUCAUCCUGAAAAAACAACAGGCUGCUCUGGAAAGGACUAAUGCUCCCAUCAUGCCAUACAGGUCCUUGGAGCCAAUGGAACAUGAAGGCCCACCGAAUCCUAUGCUCCAUCCUUUUUUUCCUCCUGUCCCCAACAACUCCAGGGGUUCUCCAGAGCACUUUCCGUUAAGGAAAACAGCCUCUGAGCCCAACCUGAAAUUGCGCUGUAAAGCUAAAAAAACUGAACGGCGCAAAAACCCACUGACUCGGAAGGAAAGCGCUCCCCCUUCCUUGAAAAGGCGCCCGGCAGAAGCCAUUGAUUCAUCGCCCAGCAGCAGCAGCACCCCAGUCUCUGGAUGCAGCUCACCCAAUGACAGCUUGGUGCCAGAACAUGGAGCCGCACCAGGGCUUGUCCAAGAGGCCCCACUAGCUCAGCGCCUGAGAAUGCAGGAAAGUUCACUGGCUCAGUAUGCUCUUCAGACCAGUAGUUCUCUCCCAGCUCUCACCCUCGGAUUACCAGCCACUUCUGCAGCAUCUGCCAGGGGGGACGGUGACCACAGGGCACACCCAGGCCUUUCACACAAGGUGCCUGUCCUGACUAGCACUCACGCCCCCAUGUUCCUACCUGCCAACCUGGAGCAACACGAAUCCGGAAGCCCUCUGUCCCCUCGACUUCAUCCUGUUAUCAUUCUGGAGCCCUCUCCUCUGGUUACAGUUCCAGGGCUGGGAUCAGUCCCCUUUCACUUCAGCCCUUCAGUGCUUCCUUCGGAGCGGCUGCCGAUGCCGGUGAUCCAUAAGCCCUUGGGACGGACCCGCUCGGAGCCUCUGCCAUCCAACCCCAGAACUGUGCAGCAGCAACUGGCGUACCAGCAGCACCACGCUUUCCUCCUGGAGCAUCUGAAGCAGCAGACCCAGCUGGGAAAGCGCAUGGCCAAAUCCAGUGAGAAGCCUCGCCUGCAGCAGAUCCCCUCUUCCGAAGACAUGGAGGCCAUGGCAGGAGAAGAUCUGUAUGAGCAGCCCCAGGGCCAGGGGGAGCCUUCACCAUCGGGAGGCGGCAGCAAGGAAGCAGAGAGGAUCUCCAGGUUGGGUCAGCAGCCUCGAGAGGAACUUGUUCUUCAUCAGGCACAUUAUGUCUGGGAACAACAGCAGCGUAUGCAACAGCAACAGCUCCUCCGAAGGCAGCCUGCCGACUCGUUGCUGACCCCAGCCGCACGGGGCGGCCACCGGCCCCUCUCACGAGCUCAUUCCUCACCCGCUCCGGCCACUGCCUGUCUACCUAGCCAGGACACGUCUUCCAAGGUCAUCCCACUUCCAGUGCCAGAACAAUCCAUCAAACCACGCUUCACCACAGGGAUCGUGUAUGACUCUGUCAUGCUGAAACAUCAGUGCUCGUGUGGAGACAACAGCAACCAUCCUGAGCAUGCAGGCCGAAUCCAGAGCAUCUGGUCUCGCCUGCAGGAACGUGGCCUACGCAACCAGUGUGAGUGCCUUCGAGGACGCAAAGCCACGCUGGAGGAGCUGCAGUCCGUUCAUACUGAGCGUCACGUGCUGUUGUACGGCACCAACCCCCUCAGUCGCCUGAAGCUGGACAACGGCAAAUUGGCAGGAAUCCUGUCCCAGCGGAUGUUUGUCAUGCUGCCCUGUGGUGGAGUUGGGGUGGACAGUGACACCAUUUGGAAUGAGCUGCACUCCAGCAAUGCUGCCCGGUGGGCAGCUGGCAGCGUGACUGAGCUGGCCUUCAAAGUGGCCAGUCGACAGCUUAAGAAUGGCUUUGCCGUUGUACGACCUCCAGGACACCACGCUGAUCCCUCCACAGCAAUGGGUUUCUGUUUCUUCAAUUCUGUGGCAAUUGCAGCCAGGCAGCUCCAGCAAAAAGGGAAAAUCAGCAAGAUAUUAAUUGUCGACUGGGAUGUUCACCAUGGUAAUGGGACACAGCAAGUUUUCUACAGAGAUCCCAAUGUCCUCUACCUCUCCUUGCAUCGUUAUGAUGAUGGCAAUUUCUUCCCUGGUAGCGGAGCAGCUGAUGAGGUGGGCUCUGGGGCUGGAGAAGGUUUCACCGUCAAUGUCGCUUGGACAGGAGGCCUUGAACCCCCAAUGGGGGAUCCAGAGUAUUUGGCAGCUUUCCGGACUGUGGUGAUGCCAAUUGCCCAAGAGUUCUCCCCGGAUGUGGUGCUGGUAUCUGCAGGGUUUGAUGCAGCCGAUGGCCACCCUCCUCCACUGGGGGGUUACAAAGUCUCAGCCAAAUGUUUUGGUUAUAUGACCAGGCAGCUGAUGAAUGUGGCUGGUGGGGCUCUCGUUCUAGCCCUGGAAGGAGGCCAUGACUUGACCGCCAUUUGUGAUGCUUCGGAAGCCUGUGUGUCUGCUUUGCUGGGUAACGAGCUUGAGCCUCUUCCAGAAGAGAUCUUGCAGCGGAAACCUAGCACCAAUGCUGUGCACUCGUUGGAGGCAGUAAUCCAGGUGCAAAGCCAGUACUGGAACUCUGUACGUCGUUUUGCCCCCACUGUGGGGUAUUCGGUUUUGGAAGCCCAGCGUCAUGAUGUGGAAGAGGUGGAGACAGUGACAGCACUGGCCUCACUUUCUGUAAUGGCCGAAAAAAAGCGGCAAGGAGAACCAAUGGAAGAAGAGCCCAUGAACCAAUGAAGAGCUGUUCUAUCCUCCACCAAGAACACAUCAUUCUUUGUGGCUUGUUACUUGUAUCACAGUCCUGGCUCCCGUCUGCCGCACAGCCCACAUUAUCCUCAGCCACAAAGCUGGAAAACUGACUCCCAAGUGCAGGCAGAGAGGCUCUGUAGAAGAAGGCAUGUGGCAGACCUUCCAGGAUGAAUAGCUACCCCUGGGGUGUUACCCACGUGCACAAUUCUGCCAACGCAAGCAGCAGAAACAGAGGACACAGGAGAGCAGCUAUAUGGACUGCCAAAUUGGACAUUUUACUCUGAUAUCGGGGUGGUGCCUUUCCCCUCCAGAACCAAAGAUGUCCAUAGAGUGAUCCUGCUGUACAGGAGCCCAAGUCAUUCUCCUUUUUUUAAGCAAAACUUGGUUCCUCAGUUGAGGAGGUCCCAUCAUCGAGGGAGCUGGACUGUGCAUGGAGAGAACGUUCAGAAGACAAACAUUGGAUGUCAGACAAUAGCCAACAUCUUUAUAGGACUGACCCAGCCCAGUUCCUACUAACCACUGUCCUAAUUACACCUUUUUGGUCUUGGACCUUCUUAAUUUGCACUAUUACACAGAUCACACAGGCACAAACUUUGUUCUACCUUCCAUAGGAUUUUGUGGGAACAAAUUGCACCUCCUUGUGGACUUGAGUCCUUGACUUGACCAUUCCUCCAGCAUCAAGGCACUAUGAAAAUGGAUAGCCCUGUGGUGCUUGUGACUGGUUGGUUUGUCCAGAUCCAUAAAAGUAGGCAGCCUUAUUCCAAAGAGUAAACUUCAGGGGUGGGGAAUGGGGGAUGGAUGCUGUCAGCAAGAUAGAUUGUUCCUCUAUUAUCCCAACCAGUAUGUGGCAUUUGAAUUCCCUGUAACUUUCAUUUCUUGGGGAUUUUUUUUUUCUGUACCUGUUAAAACAACAACACAAGUGCCUAUGCAAGGGCCUUAUUAUUCAAAUGAGGAGUUAAUACCUUCCAUAGCUAUCCAAUCUUUGUGGGAUAAUGGAAGAUAGCUCAUUCUAAUUUGAUCAGAGAGGCUGCUGCUGGCACAACCACUUUUCUACGGAUGAAAGGCAGUUCAUGUGAAAUGUGCAUAUCUGUUUUGCUUUCGUAUCCAUUGCUGUCUGCAUGUGCUGGAAAGUUGCGUUCAGUCGCAGCCUCCCAGCGUGUGAGUGAGAGGCACCCAUGACAACGAUCCACACAUUCCUAAAUUGAAGCAUCUUCCACACGGGACAUUUGUCGUGUUCAAAGGGGGUCUUUCUUACUGUUCGUAGUGAGAUUGUGUAUUUGGGUGGGGGGGGAGGCCGGGCAAGGUAUGGAAGAAGGAUGUAAAAUAUAUACCAUGUGCUGGAUCUAAGCCACCCAGUAAAUUGAGCCUUUGCUAUAAA